AUGGCCGAGCGGGUUUGCGCGGCCGCCGGCCCCGAGCCGCCGGUGUCCGCUUCAAAAGAGCCAACAUGUGGGGAUGGCCGGCCCGGGGCGGUUGAGCGGCGCUCGGGGGCCGUUCCUGGCCCCGGGCCGAGCGCUGACGGCCGCGUCUCGCCGGCACGGAAGGCGCAGCAGGGCCUGAAGGAGCGCUACCGGCUGGGUUCGCUGCUGGGGCGCGGCGGCUUCGGCAGCGUCUUGGCGGCGACGCGGCUCUCGGACGGCGCCCCGGUGGCCAUCAAACGGGUGCCACGGAACCGCAUCCACCAUUGGGGCCGGCUGCCCGACGGCACCCGAGCACCACUGGAGAUCGUGCUGCUGCACAAGGUGUCCGCUGGCUUCCCCGGCAUCGUCCAGCUCCACGAGUGGCUGGAGCUCCCCAGCAACGUGGUGAUGGUGCUGGAGCGCCCGGAGCGGUCUCAGGACCUCCUUCACUUCAUUCGGGCACGGCGCUUCCUGUGCGAGGAGGUGGCGCGGCACCUGUUCCGCCAGGUGCUGGAGGCCGUGCGGCACUGCACCAGCUGCGGGGUCCUGCACCGGGACAUCAAACCGGAGAACAUCCUGCUUGACCUGGCCACCGGGCAGGCCAAACUCAUUGACUUUGGCUGUGGCACCUACCUGCAAGCCGCAGCCUACACCAGCUUUGCAGGAACAGCGUCCUACAGGCCCCCAGAAUGGAUCCAGUUCGGCUGGUACUACGGCGAGGCAGCGACCAUCUGGUCCCUGGGCAUCGUGCUGCACCAGAUGGUCUGCGGGGAGCAUCCUUUCAGGAGGGGCUGGAACAGCACCUGGGGCCGGCUCUCACUCCCACGACGGCUCUCUCCAGAGUGCCAGGAUCUCAUCCGGCGGUGUUUAUCCGUGCUCUCCUCGGAAAGGCCCUCAUUAGAAGACCUGUCCUGUGAUCCUUGGAUGCAGGAUAUUCACGUGCCAUAG